AUGUUGGAUACAAGAGAAGUGGGCAGGAGCACAGACCUGAAGGAUUUUGAAAAGGGCCAAACUGUUCUGGCCAGAAACAGCAAGGCUCGUGGGGUGCUCACCGUCAGCAGUAGUGAGUACCACCGACAGGUACAGCAGUGGGCCUCGGUGAUGUCUGCUUGGCUUCGAGACCUCACAACCAAGUACUCUGGCUCUCUGCUACUACAGAAGAAACUAAAAGAUGUGGAAUCCAUCAUUAAAAUUGUGGAGUUGGACGGGACAGACCUGGUGAAGGACUACUCGGAUGAAAUUGAGCGUAUGCUGGGCAGUAAGAUGAAGUCGGUGAAGAGACUAGCAGAGUCGGCAGAAGAUGCAGAUUUGUACCAUGAAUUCAACGCCUCUUUACAGUUUGACUACUACAACUCCAUGAUGAUCAACACCGUGGACGAGGACGGGAACAAUGUGGAGCUAGGCGGAGACUUUGUUCUGGAGGAGAACGAACAUUUCAACAACCUGCUUGUCAACACCCAGCAGAGCAACAUCCAGGUCCCCACCAACGUCUACAACAAAGAUCCCAACAUCCUGAACGCCAUCUACAACUCGGAGGCGCUUAAUGAUGUCUUCAUUAGCAACUUCCAGAAGGACCCCACACUCACCUGGCAGUACUUUGGCAGCUCCACGGGGUUCUUCAGAAUCUACCCCGGUAUCAAAUGGACUCCAGACGCUAACGGAGUGGCAGCCUUUGAUUGCAGGAACCGUAACUGGUACAUCCAAGCGGCCACUUCACCAAAGGACAUCAUCAUCAUGGUGGACAUCAGUGGGAGCAUGAAAGGUCUAAAGAUGACCAUCGCAAAGCACACCAUCAACACCAUCCUGGACACACUGGGCGAGAAUGACUUCGUCAACGUCAUAGCUUAUACAGACUAUGUCCGCUACGUGGAGCCCUGCUUUAAAGGCACGUUGGUCCAGGCAGAUCUGGACAACAGAGAGCAUUUUAAGGUUUUGGUGGAUGAACUGCAUGUUAAAGGAGAGGCCAAGAUCAAGAAGGCCAUGAAGGAGUCCUUCAAAAUCCUCAACGAGGCCAGGGCCAGGGGCCAGGGCAGUAUGUGUAACCAGGCCAUCAUGCUGAUCACAGAUGGAGCCAUGGAGGACUUUGAGUCUGUCUUCCAGGAAUUCAACUGGCCUGAACGCAGGGUGCGGGUUUUCACCUAUCUCAUCGGUAGAGAGAUGACUUUUGCUCAGAACACAAAGUGGAUCGCCUGCAACAAUAAAGGCUACUACACCCACAUAUCCACGCUGGCAGACGUACAGGAGAAUGUCAUGGAGUACCUGCAUGUCCUCAGCCGUCCAAUGGUCAUCAACCACGAUCAUGACAUCAUCUGGACAGAGGCCUACAUGGACACUGUGCUGCCAAAUACCAAAGAGCUCUUCGCCACCAAGGCCCAGAGUCUGCUGCUGAUGACCUCAGUGGCCAUGCCAGUCUUCAGUAAGAAGAAAGAGACGCUGUCCCAUGGGAUCCUGCUGGGCGUGGUGGGCUCCGACAUCCCUCUGAUGGAGGUCAUGAAGCUGGCUCCCAGAUACAUGCUGGGAGCACAUGGUUACGCCUUCCUCAUCACCAACAACGGCUACAUCCUAGCACACCCUGACCUUCGACCUUUAUAUAAAGAUGGUAAAAAGUUGAAACCCAAACCAAACUACAACAGUGUGGAUCUGUCUGAGGUGGAGUGGGAAGACACAGAGGAGAUGCUGAGAACAGCCAUGGUGAAGGGCGAGACGGGCAGCCUCACGCUUCCCUUCAGAGCAUCCGUGGAUAAAGGGAAAAGACCUCUGUACCUCGUCAAUGAUUACUUCUACACAAACAUUGACGAGACACCCUUCAGCUUCGGCAUGGUGCUGACUAAAGGACCUGGACAACUGAUGUUUAUGGGAAAUGUUUCUGUUGAGGAAGGCCUGCAUGACCUCACCUCCCCAGAUCUGACAAUAGCCUCUGAGUGGACUUACUGUGAGACAGACAUUGACCCCGCUCACCGCAAGUACAGCCAGCUUCAGGCCGUCAUCCGCUACCUGCUGGGAAAGGAGCCAGACCUUGAAUGUGAUGAGGUGCUCCUCCAGCAGACCCUCUUUGACGCGGUGGUUACAGCACCUCUGGAAGCUUACUGGAACGCACUGAUGCUCAACAACGGUGACGGGUUGGACCCAGGCAUUGAGACGGCCUUCCUGGGCACCCGUGCUGGUCUGAUGAGGAUUAUCAGAUAUGCAGGGGUGGAAACCAGGGUGGCCAAGAAGUUCCUGACUCCUGCUGACAAGGACAAUCUUUUCACCGUGGACCACUUCCCGCUGUGGUACCGCCUGGCUGUGGAGAACCCGCCGGGCCAAUUCUACUACUACCCUGUCAACGACAAAGGUGUGAAGUUUGUUGUGGCCAGCACAGCAGUGACGGUGUCGACUGACGGAAAGACGACCGUGGCUGGAGCCAUCGGGGUGCAGAUGUCCUUGGAUUUGCUGGAAAAGAGGUUCUGGGACAUUACCAAGCAGCCCAAUGACACAGACUGCUCUAACAUUGAAGGUGUGUGUCCUCUGAGCUGUGAGAGCAUUGAUCUGAACUGUUUCCUGGUGGACAACAAUGGCUUCAUUUUGCUGUCUAAAGACAGAGCUGAGGUUGGACGGUUCUUCGGCGAAGUCGACGGCUCGGUCAUGGCGUCCCUCAUCAAGAUGGGCAUGUACAAAAAGGUUUCUCUGUUCGACUACCAGGGCAUGUGUAAGAACAGCCACCAUCACGCCAGCAGCGCCCGACCCCUCCUCAGUCCUUUCUACGGCAUCCUGGCCUUGCUGAGAUGGUUCUUCUCCAAUGCGCUGAUGUUCAUACUGGACUUCAACCUGUGUGGUCUUUGGCACUCGGACUAUUUCGUAGACGCCAAAGCUGGCUAUCAUACAUCCCACAAGCAGAAGAAGGUAGAGGCCCUGCAGCCUUGUGACACAGCCUACCCCGGCUUCAUGUACGACUACUCCAUCAGAGAAACCAACAGCCUCAUCAAAUGUGGACGCUGUCAGAAGAUGUUUGUCGUGCAGCAGCUCCCAGAGUCGAACCUGGUGAUGGUGGUGACCCAGGCAGACUGCGACUGCUCGCGGCAGUACGGCCCCAUUCUCCUCGAUCCCAAAGAAAUCAAAUAUAACGCCACCGUCAAGUGCAACAGGAUGAAGUCCCAGAAGGUCCGCCGGCGUCCAGAGUCCUGCCACGCCUACCAUCCCAAGGAGGAUGCCAAGGAGUGUGGGGGAGCGUCGGCCAUUUCUGUGUCGCUGCAUCUCGUCUCGGCCUCCCUGGCCUUCUGCUUGAUACUCCACCGAUGGGCAUAA